AAUCUGACUGAUAUUGGAAAAAACCAUUUGAAUUUCACUAUAAUUUGCUUUUGCAGAGAAUCACUUUCUCGUUGUGUGUAUUUAGAAGAAGUGUUAUUGCGUCCAGCGUGUUGUAGCAAGAUAACAAGUAAAAGUUGACCUUGAAAAGUGCUUAAUUGGUUUCGAGUAUGACGACCAUGGUUGAAUCAGCGCCGUCGGAUUUUUCCAACGAGGACUUUAUGACGAAUCCAUCUCUGGCCAUGGAUGCCUGCUUCACUGCAUUCGACAAGGACGGCGACGAUCGCCUUUCGUUGGCGGAAUUUACGCUGAUAUGUCGAGCCUUGUUCCGGAAUGAUAAAGGACAUAUCUACGUUGUCCCGUCGGAGCGACUGGACGAGAUGUUUGCCGUGUUCGAUAAGAAUGAGGACGGUUAUAUUGACCGAGAAGAAUUCCAAUUUUGUUGGAACCAGUGGAUCAAAACGAUUGUACGACCAAUCAGCGCCUUUCUCAUCGUGGACGUUCAGAAUGAUUUCAUCAGUGGCUCGUUGAACAUUAGCAAUUGCAGCGCGCAGCAAAACGGUUUGGAGGUGAUUGACCCGAUAAACAAGCUCCUGGAUACGGUGGACUUCGACUCGGUUUUCUACUCGCUGGAUUGGCAUCCGAGCGAUCACGUUUCCUUCAUCGAUAACAUCAAGCAGCGGCCUAUCCACCCGACCAGUCCGCUGAACGCCGAUAACGCCCAAGUGUACGAUACGGUUAUUUUUACCGGUCCGCCCCCAAUGAAGCAACGACUUUGGCCGCGGCAUUGCGUUCAGGAUUCGUGGGGCUCGGAGCUGCACAAGGAUUUGAAGAUUGUCGAUCAAGGCAUCAAGGUGUACAAGGGUACGAAUCCGGAGGUGGACUCAUAUUCGGUUUUCUGGGACAACAAAAAGCUUUCCGACACGACACUGUGCGGUCAGCUGAGGAUGAAGGGGGCUACCGAUAUCUACGUGUGUGGGCUUGCUUACGAUGUUUGCGUUGGUGCUACGGCGAUUGAUGCUCUGUCUGCGGGCUAUCGGACCAUAUUGAUUGACGACUGUUGCCGCGGGGUGGAUGUGAACGACAUUGAAAGUACCAAACAGACGGUGAUAUCGAGCAAUGGAGUUAUCAUCAAUUCCAGAGAGGUCAAAGCCAUGGUGGAGGGUCGUGACCGUCGACCGGAGCUGGGCUACAAACUGGCCAUAGAGCUGAAGAACGCCGACUCGGACCUGUCGAAAAAUAACGCCUGCCGUCGACAGAGCCAGCCGCAGCAGGACAGGCCGCAGUAAAAUUGUGGGCUUUCCCCUCCGGUCCAGCGCCCGGCGCGCAUUCCGGGCUCGUUAAUUUUCCGAACCCGUUCUGUUUUCAGUUGAUUCCGGCAUGAUUUCUUCACUUCUAUGCUUAUACGGUUUCCGGUCUACGGAUUUUGCUUGCUGCCUUGUCAUCACCAGUGAUGGAGCCGCAGAAUGAGAGGCAGAAAAAUUCCAUUUCGGCACCAGCUUCCGGUCAGUGAUUCUUGUUUGCACUGUAGCCGUGUUAUCGUUGUCGAGAAAAAAAAUCAAAUUGUGCUCGUGCCUAUCGUUAUAUUUCCAUGUAUCUCUCUUAAAUAUCAGUUAAACGUUCUAUUUGGUCUGCUUGAACAGUGUAGUAUCUACUAUAAUCAACACAUAACGAAACUCCACUUCGUUUUUAGUUAUGUCAUGUAACAAAUAUUGUAAAGAAUUUGUACCUAAUGAAAGAAUACAUUUUUAUAAUUAAUUUUAUUUUAGUCACUGUAGUACUUUUUAAUAUUUUUGAAAGUCAGGUCCAUUCUCUUAAACCUUUCCCCUUAAGACAAUUUUGAUUAUUCUUAAGUGUAGAAUGACGUGAAAGUUACAUCAUUCAAUUAGGUUUCUAGUAACUAGUUUUAAUUCGUAUUCAUUCCAGCUCUGGAAUUAUCGUUGAUUCCACAAUAAUGCCCAUUAUUUUCGUGAAAUAG